AUGAAUUCCAAUGUCAACAAAAACAAGACACUGAACUAUGUCGCCAGUACCACGCGUCACACUACGACCAUAAAUGCCCAGACGAGUGUUUCCCGUGCGGGCCUCAAGCGGACCUUCGAUGAUUUUCAGGAUAAACAGAAGAAUAGCAACCCUUUUGCUCUUUCCGACGUCAUAGACGGACGCGAGUUCCGGCGUCCUACUUUUCAGAGCAGCACGACCAAAGUCUUGCAAGCCGGCACAGUUCACGAUGUGUUCGAUAGAAGUGGGUCAUCCGAAUACUCGCAAAGGAAAGUGCUUGCCCUCACUCCUUCCGUAAAUGCAAAUCCCAUGCUGGAUCUAUCUCAUCGAGCCUACGGACUUCCUCCAAAAUUGACACACAACCUUCAAUCGCUUGGGAUCAAAUCAAUAUACCCGUGGCAAUCCGAAUGCCUACUGAGAAGCGGCGCUUUGGAAGGGGAAGCCAACCUCGUUUACACAGCUCCAACUGGAGGUGGCAAAUCCCUCGUUGCAGACAUAUUGAUGCUCAAAAAGGUCAUCGGUAGCUCCGGAAAAAAGGCUCUGUUAGUUCUUCCCUAUGUUGCUCUUGUCCAAGAGAAGCUGAAAUGGCUGAGGAAGGUUGUGGAGGGUAUACCUAAGAAUACAAUCAGGGUAGUGGGCUUCUUCGGCGGUAGCAAAGCCAAAUCCACAUGGCAUGAUAUGGAAAUUGCUGUUUGUACAAUCGAGAAGGCAAACUCGCUGAUAAAUGCCGCUCUUGAAGAAAACACCCUUGGGAAUCUUGGCGUGGUUGUUAUGGACGAGCUACACAUGAUUGACGACGAAGGCCGCGGGUACAUUUUGGAACUUAUGGCCACGAAGCUCCUGUGCCUGGACCAGCAUGUGCAAUUAAUCGGAAUGAGUGCUACGCUCAAUGUAUUCCUCCCUCAACCUGAGGAGGUCGUGCCUUUCAUUAUGGAGAGACGUAGGGAACUGCUCAGUGAAUUGAGGAGCACAAACACAGGUCUAGAUCAGGUACUCGAGAAGACGGUACCGGUCGGGGUCGCCUUUCAUCAUGCCGGGCUGACUACCGAGGAGCGAGAUCUUAUAGCAACAGCUUUUGAUGAAGGAGUCAUCAAGGUUAUUGUAGCGACAUGUAGUCUGGCUGCGGGAAUCAAUUUACCUGCGCGAAGAGUUAUUCUUCACGGGGCUCGGAUGGGAGCUGAUUUGGUUGGGCCGUCAAUGUUGCGUCAAAUGCGGGGAAGGGCUGGGCGGAAAGGCAAAGACGAGAUAGGUGAGACCUAUCUCUGCUGUCAAAAAAGUGAUUUGGAAGAUGUUGCCGAGCUCAUUGAGGCAGAGCUUCCAAGCGUCGAAAGCUGUCUUUUGCCCGAUAAGAAAGGCAUUAAAAGAGCCUUGCUCGAAAUAAUCGCCACGAACAUGGCGACAAGCGAUGAGUCUGUGGACGACUACAUGAGAAAGACACUCUUAUACCACUCUAUUGAUCAUAAAGAACUCGCAACCCUGGUCGAGACGACUAUCAAAGAACUCGAGGAAGAUCAGCUUCUUCACCGGACCGACUCGGGGUACGAAGCCAGUUUACUAGGCCAGGCAAUUGUAUCUUCUUCACUUACUCCUGAAGACGGACUUUUCGUCCACAAAGAACUCCAGAAAGCUCUCCAGGCAUUCGUAAUGGAUGGCGAAAUGCAUGUCCUAUAUUCCUUCACCCCAGUUCAGAGCGCUCAGACGAGCAUAAACUGGCAAAAGUUCCGCAAAGAGAUGGAAUUUUUCGAUGAAAGCAAUAUGAGAGCACUAGAAUUCGUCGGAUUGAAACCUAGUAUCAUCAAUAAGAUGCGACUAACUGGGACAAGGGCCCAAGGUGGAACUAUGAAAGAAUCCACUCCACAAGAAAUCGACACGGCACGUAUAUAUAGACGGUUCUACACUGCUCUACAGCUCCGAGAUCUUUGUAACGAGAUGCCUAUUCACGCCGUGGCUCGAAAAUACGAUAUUGCUAGAGGGAUGGUACAAAACCUGGCACAAACUUGCCACGGCUUCGCAGCUGGGAUGGUCAAAUUCUGCGAAAGAAUGAAAUGGGGAGCUCUCGCCGUUGUCCUUGACCACUUUUCGGAUAGACUGAGAGCAGGCGCGAAGCCCGAUCUUCUUGCACUUGCUCAAGUGACCUAUGUGAAAAGUCGAACAGCAAGGGUGUUCUGGGAGAACGGUUUCAGAACAGUAGCAGCACUCGCUGCAGCAGAUGUCAAGGAUAUAUGGCCGAUUCUCUUGAUGGCACAGCCAAAGAAGUUGAAAACCCAUGACUACGAUGAAGCCAAAUUUCACGAGAAGCUCCUUAAUAAAGCAAACGUGAUUUGCGCCUCGGCGACUAGAAUAUGGGAGAAGCAAAUGCAAGAGGAGCUUGAGGAAGAGAUGCUGGAGUACUAG